UUGAAGUCCUUUUCAACCCAGGCCAUUCUAUGAUUCUGCCAGAGUGCCUCUCCGUUGCCAUCUGUCUCAUGGCAACAAAACAUAAUCGAAUAUUUUGGGAGGGUUCAACACCUACUGUCAUGACACCAACGUCUGCGUUGGAUGUCUUGAGGAGACAUAAUUCCAGGCAUUACAUUCAGAGCAGCUGUCAUAAAAUAUACAGUACAACGUAUUAACACAAAGCUUAUUUUAAUAUUUUAUUUGAACAAAAAGGGUAAUAAAAUUGUAAAAAUAGUGGGAUAUUAGACCUUUUUGUGAAAAUAAUGCAUCAGUUUGGUUCAACAUAAGCUCUUGCAAUUUGUAGUGAGUUCUCAAGGUGAUUUUCAGAGAUGUUUGUUGAAAUUUUACUCUCCCUCCAACUUCAUCCUUGACAGCAGGCUUUCACGGACCGCCAGUACCUCCAGGUCUUUUUCAGCAGGGUUGUGCUCCGUCCUUUCGUCUGCCAGCUUGUAUUGGUAGUGCAUGUUGCCUCGACCCAGGUGCAAGACCUUCCACUUGGCUUUGUUGAACCUCAUGAGGUUCACUUGGGCCCACUGCUCUAGCCUGUCCAUGUCCCUCUGAAUAGCAUCCCGUCCCUCUGGUGUGUCACCGCACCCCGCAGUUUGGUGUCUUUUGUAAACUUGGUGAGGGUGCGCUCCACCCCACUGUCGAUCAUUGAUGAAGGUAUCAAAGAGUACUGGCCCCAGCACCAACCCCUGGGGGACACCGCUCCUCACUGAUGAUCAUCUGGACAUUGAGUCGUUGACCACCACUCUCUGGACUCGAUCCCACAGCCAGUUCCUCAUCCACAGAACAGUCCACCCACCAAAUCCAUCUCUCUCACCUCUGUUAUCCCUCCCAGCAUGCUAGUGGACUUGCUCUUCCAGAGCAAGACAAUAGCCUUUGAGGACUAAAUAGCUCACCUGUAUUUUCUGCACUUUGUCGGGGCAACAGAGAUGUUCCUCCUGACCAUGAUGGCAUACAACCUCUAUGCUGCCAUCUGCAAGCCCCUGCACUACACAGCCAUCACAAGCUGGCAAGUGUGCUGGGUGCUGGUGUCUGCCUGCUGGGCUGGGGGCUUCCUCCACUUUCAGACACCGCUCACAAUCCAGCUCCUAUUCUGUGGCCCCAGUGCAAUUAGCAACUUCUUCUGUGACAUGCCUCUCAUUAUCCAGCUUGCUUGCACAGACAUCUAUGUCACUGAGUUGCUCAUGGCCUCCAACAGUGGCCUCAUAUCCCUGGUUUGUUUUCUAGUGUGGGUCAUAUCUUACAUGUUCAUCCUGGUCACAGUCAGGGUCUGCUCCACUGCGGGGCACUGGAAAGCACUCUCAUCCUCAACAGUCGUCACCUUCUUCUUUGUACCCUGCAUCAUCAUCUACCUCUGGCCCUUCUCUAGCUUUUCCUCCGACAAGCACAUCUGUGUCAUCUACACUGUCUGCCCAGUGAUGAAUCCACUCACCUACACCCUGAGAAACAAAGAACUGAGGGCAUCCACGUGGAAGCUGAGGAUUCUUUUGAGACAAGCAGGGUUUGCAGGAAACAUAGAGUUGCCUUCCUACUGAUCAGUGGCAGACCAGGGCAUGAAAACAGGACUGGAAUCCAAUGCAUAGGACAACAGCUAAAAUGCAGAUGAUUAAUUCCAGUUCACUCAUUUACCUAACCUUAAUCUCUUCAGAGUGGUAGAUUCUGUUGUAGUCUUGUGCUUUAGGUCCUCUCAGUCUGCAAGACAGAUAGAAUCAUAGAAUGGUUUGGGUUGAAAAG